UGUUUACUUCGGGAACGCUCUUUUCGGAGCUGUUUUCGCUUUUCCGUGGUAUUACGACAGUUAAAAUUCACGAAAAGGGGCGCGAAAGUUGAAGUUUAUGCAAAUAUUCCCAAAAUUCUUCCUAGUAUUUCAAUAUGCGUUCCUGGAACGUGCUCACUCGCUGUAAAACACAACUCGGUCGCUCGUUUGAUCUUAAAUAGAGAGAUGAAUCAUUUAAACAUUCGAAAAAGAGUGAAAUCAGGUACUUUCCUCGAUAAAACCACCAAACUUGCCCAUAUCUUCUUUUUCUUCUUCUUGAAACUCACGUGGUUUUGUAUAUAAAGUGCCCUGCCACCAAUGUCAAACAAAUUCAAAAUGGUGACCUGUCAAAGCGGCUAAGAACCACCUUCCUAUUUAAUACACCUUGGUCUGGCACCACCUAGUGAGUUGAGAGGGUUAAGCAAGCAGUCAAAUACCAAUAAUCACCGAUAGACAUGAAUAAGUGAAAAGGCGUAGAUGCUAGUUUGCCGUGUAUGCAAACUACGCAAGGUUUCUACUAAGCACCUGGGAAAUGGAAAAGAAGGGUAAUAACGCUGAAGAAAAGGAAUUGGAGGUGGUCAAAAUCCAAACUGAAGAUGAAGCAACAAAGCUUCAGUUGGAGCUAUGGCGAGUACGGGAGGAGUUUAACCAGCAAAGGGCGCGUAUGAAGGAAUUGUAUCUAGCAAAAGAGAAUGAAUGCAAACGAGUAGUUGAGGAUCUGAGCAGUGCCCGGAAGGAACUGAACGAGCUGAAAGCACAAAUCCGGAUCAUGGAAUUUAGCCGCGAGAAGGACGCCGAAGAGCAGCGUAACAGAAUGGAGGACGAAAAUCGAACUCUUAAAUUGCUGGUAAAUGAAACCCUCGACGAGUCUUCGACAAUGCGAGACACAGUGCGACAGCUGCAGGAGAAAAAUGAAAGCAUGUUGGUAGAAAUUGCACAACUUAAAGAGGGCCUCGCUGAAAGCAAUCAAGUAUCACCAAGCCUGGCGAAGACGGUGCAGCAGGCGAAAAAAAUUAUACUCAAAUUUGGGACGAUCGACAGCAACGGUUCCGAUAACCUAGAAGAGUCUAUGCGGAAGGUAAAGAAAUAUGCUCAAGAAGAUGCGGAGGUGCUCCGAUCAUUGGUCGUUCCGUUAGAGGAGGAAAUCAAAUCACUUAAAGAGAAACUCCGUAUUGCAUAUGAGACACGCGAAACGUCACCUACCGGAACUGAAACUAGUACUAAACAACAGAAGUCGGCGCUCCUCGGAAUGCUGAAUCCCGAACAAGAGUAUAGCGAAGCGAAAGAUUUUGCAACUCCAAUAGAUGGUAGUGAACCAACUUGCAAGGAUAGCUGUAUUCGGUGUGCGAUGCUUGAGAGAAGUAUCGAGGAGCAGUUAAACGAGGAACGUGAACGAUUGGCGACGGUUGAAAAGCAGGCUGAACGACUCAAGGAGCAGCUAACAAAAGAGGCAGCGUUGCGUACUGAUCUUGAGGCACAGUGGCACAAGAAACGCGAAGAACACAAGAUAGAGGUACAGAAGCUUACCGAUCGGGCAAUGAAGACAGAGAUGAUGUUGGACAAACUUCGCCAGGACUACUCGCAACUGAAACUGUCAUUACGCGACGAGUUGCAGAAGCUUACUGAAGAGCGUGAAAGGGUUUACUACCAGAUCAACAAUCUACAGCAGGAUAACGACUUUUUGGCCGGCAAAUAUGUUGCCAGCUCGGAAGCACUCAAGGACCAGGCGCUUAACUUUCCCCAGACCAUAGACGCAUUGCAAGAAUAUGUGCUGAGAUUGCAUGAGAAACUGAUUGUCACGCAGACAGGGUGCGAGUUUGCCGAACGAAAGGCUCGAAGCAUGCAGGACGAAGUAACGUUACUUCAGGAACAACAGUGUUUACGCGAUCGUGAUGCUAAGAAAACCGAGCAAGAAUAUACACAGACCUGCAUGCAACUUCAAGAGCGGCUCAGACGAGUGCAAAACGAAUUCCAGCAGUUUGUUGUUAUACGCGAAGAGCUUGAGAUCUCCGUUUCAGAUCAUGAGAAGCAAAACUCCGAGCUGCGGAUGCAAAUUAUUGAGCUGCAAGCUGGGAAUGAGCGCCUAGACAAGCAGGUAUGUGAUUUGAAGAGCAAAAUGGCUGUGCUACAGGAAGACCUGGCGAACAACGAAGCGGUACAGAAGGAUUUCGUCAAACUAUCGCAAUCGUUGCAAAUGCAGUUGGAGAAGAUUCGUUCCGCUGAUACGCAAGUGCGCUGGCAGGAUGAUGACGACGUCGAUCAGUGUCCCAACUGUAAGAAGGAGUUCACCGUUACGCGUCGGAAACAGCAUUGUCGACACUGCGGAACGAUUUAUUGUCAGCCAUGUCUGUCCAAGUCCGUUGUGUCUGGGCCCAACCGUAGGUUGGCACGAGUAUGCGACGUUUGCCAUACGCUAUUGGUUCAAGAUACCGCGCCGUACUUCAGUCGAGAACCACCACAAUCACCAUAAUAAAAGAAUAGCGGCCACAGUUACCAAAUACUAUGGGAAUAUACUGUAGGGUGAAACAUUCUUAUUAGCACCUUCUUCUACUGAGCGGCCGUUUUCUUGAGUUUUUUUUUCAGAGUGCAAAAACUUUAAAACGAAAAUUAGUACAAGGAGGAGGGGGAUGGAAAACUUAUAAAGUAUAACCAAAAUCAUAAAAAAAGUCCAGUGCACCCCCUCCCCCCUCCCAUAAUAGUGAGAGGGGGUGCUAAAAGUGGGGUCUACCAACUGUAGUAUGUAAAAAUGAACAGUUGUCGCGAUAUGAAGCGUAAAAGCAAAGAGUAAUGCUAAAUCGGUCACGCUAAUGCAAAAUUUUUAUACGUUCGCGAACUAUUCUUCUUGUGGUUGGUAUCAGUGGUAUGUUGAUUAUGAGUGUGUUUAAUCCUUUUACUCCCCCAAAGGUAUCCUAAAUUUGCGAGAAAGUCGAAAACAAAACAAUAACAGAUUUCGGUGUAAACCUGUUUAUAUUUCUGGCCCGCCACACGAAGCCUAAACGAUAUGGCAUGUGUUUAAGCUUCGUAUGACGGAUCCUAAUUGUUACGUUUUACAAGAUUAGGUAAAAAUAAAGGGUAAAAACCCACUAUUAGCA